UGGGAUAAACGAUUCCUCACUCGCUGGGAUGAUUUCAAAGACACGGAGAGCACUUUAAGCCCAAAGAAGAGGCUUACAGCCCAGCUAACCAGUCUUGUGAAAGGAAAUGCAAACACCUUGAGCGGCCUACAUCCUGCAGCCCACAUAGACAAACUCAAGCUCGGAAAAGGUUAA